ACUUGAGAGCGCCGCUUGUCGCCUGGCUGUAACCGUCACUGUAGGGAGUAGCGUCAGCUGUCCCCGCUGCUGUGUUCGAGCGGUGUGUCUGUGGGCUGAGCCUUCCCGACUGUGUCUUGUGCGUGUUCUCCUCCCGGCGGGUGUAGUCCAGUGGUAACCCGGGAGGAACCCUAGGCGGGUGAUGUCGGAGGGGUUGGAGGAGCAGCAGUCGGCUGGUGCCCAGUCGGGCCAAGAGGAAGGAGAAGGCUUCGGGUUGGGUUGUGUGUGCACGCUGCUGCUGAACGCGGCUCUCCUUGCGGUGUUGGUGUACGGGGCCUGGCGGGUGUACUGGCGCUGGAGGGGGGCCGGGACCCGGUCGCGUUCUUCUUUACCCCGCAUGAAGCGCAGAGACUUCACCCUGCAGCAACUGCGAGACUAUGACGGCGCCAACAGCCCCCGCAUCCUGCUGGCUGUCAACGGCAAAGUGUUCGACGUGACAGAGGGGAGCAAGUUCUACGGGCCUGUUGGACCAUAUGGGAUAUUUGCAGGCAGAGAUGCUUCAAGAGGACUUGCAACAUUUUGCCUUGAUAAAGAGGCACUUCGAGAUGACUAUGAUGAUCUGUCAGACCUCAAUGCUGUGCAAAUGGAAAGUGUUCGAGAAUGGGAGAUGCAGUUUAAAGAGAAAUAUGACUACGUUGGCCGGCUAUUGAAACCUGGAGAAGAGCCUUCUGAAUACACAGAUGAGGAAGACGUUCGAGAUCAUUCAAAACAGGAUUGAACUGUGUUAACAACCAAAGUCAGGGGCCUUUCAGAAACUGCAACCUGUUACUUCCCACCGACAACUACGGACAUCUUGGGUGGAAUGUGUUUUCAACACUAUUGCCAGAUUUUGUACAAAGAAUUAAGAGUCUGGGAAAGAUUUUAUUACUAGCGUUAUAAUCUAAACUGCCAGCCAUCUUUCUCCCCAAAACACAGUUGCUGUAUCUGUAUAAGGAGUCCUGGUCCAGGAAUUUUGUAUAGAUAUACCUGUCUUGUAUGUGGAAACUGUCAGCGGUAGCUCUAUAAUCCUAUAGUAGCCUGCACAUCUACCACUAUGGUACUGGCAUUGGCAGGCAGUGAUUAGAGAGCUUGGGGAGAGCGUAUGCAUUGUGGUAUCUUGGGUCCUCUGUGAUAAAUGGACAAGCUGAAAUCCCUGUUCUUGUUUAUCCCUUCUUGACUAUUGUCAGUCUGCACUACUUAAACAAUGUUUCCAUGUAAAGUCCUCAAAUUUGUAUGUACAUUUCUUUUCCUAGCAAUUCCAGGUAUUGGCACCUUCCCCUCCCCUAAAUCGA